GAAACGAAGAAACUUCUAGGUCCGUAGAUUCAUUAGUCAGGCCUACUAGUUCUGCAGAUAGUGAAAUUGGUAUAAUAAAUGUUGAUAGUGCAAAAGAACUAGAAAGAGAAUUCCAAAAGUUAUUGGCUUCUUUUCAAGGAAAGGAAUCGGAACAAAAUUGGUUGACUCGUGAGCGUAGCAUAAUUCGAUUGCGGUCAUUAACUAGGGGAGGUGCCUUUGCAAGUUUUCAAGAACAAUUUAUUAAUGGAAUCAAAUUAUUGAUGGAUGGUAUCUUAAAAUCA